AUGCAAACGCAGUACCUUGACCAGUUGAAAAAGUUUGGAGAAGCAGCAGAUAAAGACAGAAAUACAGAUCAACUCGAAGAUACCAUAGGGAUUUCUGAUUCGCAGGAUUUGGUUGGAGAUGAAGAGGACAAAGCCAAGUAUUCCAUAAUAAGCUUUGCUGAUGGAGAGCAGAGAAUGAUUUUUGACAAAGAUGAAAGCAGUGAAUCUUUACAAAGAACUUGUCAUCUGUAUAAUGAGAUAGGUGAUUAUCAAAACAGGAGCUCACCUAACAAAUCUAUUUUGAAAGUUAACGAUAACGACAAUCAUUUCAUGGAAUCGAUUCGAGCACAUAAUUGUGAUAUGGUGGAUGUGGAAGAGUUUGUGAGGUGUACAGAUAUUUAUGAAAAUAUUCAUCCAUUUGAACCCACUUUCAACAUGAAGCAGAAGCGGAAAACACUUGUUUGUACGCAGUGUUCGAAGAGGAAGGUAAAAUGCAACAAGGAAAUUCCUUGCAGCAAUUGUGUCAGGCGAAAGGAGGCAUAUCUUUGCCGUAGGCCGUUCGAAAAUGAUAACAUGUACCAUCGAAUUAGACGUAUUACCGGGAAAGUUGAAAAUAGCGGAUCUUUUGAUCCGAUCUCUAAAUCUUCGUCGUUAGGCCCCACAAUCGCAUCGGUGGGCAUCGAUCAGCCUCAUACAGAUAUCCAAGCGCGGAUUCAGGCCCGAUUACGGCAACAGCAGCAACAGUCUACGAGACCGACAGUACUCGAGAUUGAACAUCCCUCGAUUCUACAGCAUACUCGCUCACCGCUUCUCAGCAAUGCCAGUAUAGAAAACUACAUGUCCUCUUUGAGGUCCUUGACAUUUGGAUACACGCAUAUGAAUGGCCUUCUCCCGCCGGAGGAGAGCAUGCCCAAUGGUAGCAAGGAGUCGUCCGAGUGGACGACUCAUCGACUUCGCCAACUUAUGUCCAAAAUGACCUAUAGAACAUCCUAUUUGCUUUGUUCAUUUGCCUGCAAGUACACUACAUUUCUCCAUUAUGGUGUGGUCGAUCAGCUUUUUAUGGAAGACCACGAGAGAUUUUGGAAAUCCGCUGAUAAUAUGAAUCAUUCAUUGUGGGAAGUUGUACAGAACUAUAAAGAGAACAAAGAAUCCACUCUGGACGUGAAGUACUGGCUUUCUCUAUACUAUGCAAUGCUCUGUGUGGGGGUUUACUUUAGUGUCGAUCGUCUUAGCGGACAGUAUCCGUACACUACGGAAGAGAUGGCCGAAUUACCAAGAACCCUAUUCAAAGCAUCACUCGAGUGCCUUGAAGAGACACGCUUUGUGGAAAGAGCAGAUAUCAGAACGAUCCAGAUCUAUUGUGUGCUGACUACAUGCCUUCAUGCGCUAGGGAAUGUGUACAUUCACAAACAAUUGUUAUCUGUGGUUGUGGGAAUAGCCAAGGCAUUGAGGUUAGAUAGGGUGCCUCCUGAUACCAGCACUUCCGGAAAACCUAACUUUUAUAGAGAGGUGUCCAGAAGACUCUGGUAUAGCUUUUUCAUUGUAGAUUCAGUGAGUAACGUUCCUCGAAGACUUAUAGGAGAGUUUACCACGGCAUUUCCUAGACUCAUAAGCACUUCAGAGCUUUUGGGAGAAACCCCAGAGGCAGCUGAAGGAGCAUAUUAUGCAGGCUUUACUUCUGAUUGCAAGAUCGAACUACCCAGCCCGUCGGACGAUAUAUCAGGACUUUUAUAUGAGCGUUUAAUGGCUGAAAUGUCGCAGAUCAAGCAGGACAGUUAUCGCGAGAGGUAUAAUCUGGAUUUUGUUAGCAAUGCAUGGUGUCGGAUGAUUUCAUUAAGGGAUAGACUGAAUGAAUAUUUUGGUUCCGAGCCCUAUACUGAACUUGAUAACAGUAUAAGUCAGUUUGCUAAAUACUUACUAUUUUCAUCAUUAGAAAGAGAAUGCCUUGGAUUGGGUGCCAGGCUUCUUACACUUACAAGCCGACAAUUCUGGCUAGAAAAUUUUCGUGCAGAGUGUCUCAGAAUGGCCCUAGAACUAGUAGGACACGAUUCCCUCAAUUGCACUCCAGCUUACUAUAAAAAGUACUGGAUUGUGGGCCAACACCUCAUUUACGCUUGCCUAUUUGUGUUACUGGAUAUGCUUAUGUUUGACCAUGAGAACUGCCAAGAAAAUAUGAAAAGAAUCAAGGAUGCAAUUCCUACUGUGAGGUCGCUUAGAUCAACUCAUUAUACCGUCAGAGUCGGACUCGCUGUCAUAGAGAAACUAUACUACUUGGUUGGCUCAGUUCGCCUUAGACAUAGGGGACAUGGUACUGUGGAGGAAUUUUCUUUACGAGAGUUUCUCGGGGAAUUGGAAGUUGCAAACCCUGGUUAUCGUGCGGCUAGCACACAUGAGGAAAGCUCAGUCAUUAUGCCUCUGUUAGGGAAAUCCCAGUAUUUAAGAAGUGGUGUUACCAGUAUGAGAUCGGAAGAGACACGAGAAAGCAAAGGUAGCACCGAAAGUUUCACUACAUCUAUUCCUGAUAAGACGGAGAAUCCGUCUGCCACAUUUUUAGAUCCAGAACUGGAUAGUGUCUUGGACGAUACUGGCUGGAAGGAGUUUCUUGGUUUUUUUUUCGGCAAACAGGAAGCAAGCGUGUAA